AUGGGAGACCGCGGUUAUUGGCAUAAUCUUCCUUAUUUUUCUGCAAUUCACCCGCUAUCUGAGGCAACGAAAACCAAAGCUAUUUUGGGUCUCAGCUAUGGCUCCGAUGGUGGUCGUUAUACUUGGCUCCUUGUUGGUCACCUGCAUAGAGGGCUAAAUCCUAUAAGCAUCAAAGACUUGAAUUUUAACUCUGAGUAUCUACCCUACACUUUGAAAGCCGGACUCAUUACUGGAAUUAUUGCUAUGGCUGAAGGGAUAGCAAUUGGAAGAAGCUUUGCCAUAAUGACAAAUGAACAAAUUGAUGGAAACAAGGAGAUGAUUGCUUUCGGACCAUUCUCAAAAACUGCAGUGAAUUUCAAUGCUGGGAGUAAGACUGCAAUGUCUAACAUAGUAAUGGCUGUUGGCAUGAUGCUCACUCUCCUAUUCUUGGCUCCUCUCUUCAGUUAUACCCCUCUUGUUGCUCUAUCUGCCAUUAUCAUGUCCGCAAUGUUGGGUCUCAUCAACUAUGAGGAGAUUUACCACUUAUACAAGGUUGACAAGUUUGACUUCUUGAUUUGUUUAGCCGCUUUGCUUGGCGUUGCAUUCAUAACCAUGGAUAUGGGCGUCAUGAUGUCGGUUGCGCUUGCUUUGUUGAGAGCACUUCUUUAUGUGGCCAGACCUGCGGCUUGUAAGCUUGGAAAAAUACCAAACUCGAUUUUGUACCGCGACACUGAACAAUAUGCUGCAGCCACAACUAUCCCUGGAAUCCUUGCUUUACAACUUGGUUCUCCUAUUUACUACGCAAAUGGCAACUAUAUAAGAGAAAGGAUUCUGCGGUGGAUUCGAAAUGAAGAGAGCACUUCAGAUUCGAAGGGGAAAGCUGUAGAACAUGUUUUGCUAGAUUUGACAGGAGUUACAUCCAUUGACACGACAGGUAUCGAAACGCUAAUUGAAGUGCGCAGAAUGUUAGAAGCCAAAAACAUUAAGAUGAAAAUUGUAAACCCCAGGCAAGAGGUUUUGGAGAAAUUCAUGAGAUCAAAAUUCCUAGAGAAGAUCGGCAAGGAAUCCGUAUUUUUGUGCGUGGAAGAUGCAGUUGAGGCAAGUUGUGAGCUUUCAUUUGCGAAAGAAAAGCAAGGUUUCGUAGCAGAACAUUCAGAGGCUGCAUAG